AGCACUUUGCAUGGGAGCACUAUGAAUUACAACACGCCUAUAUAUGUUAUUUCACUUGUCUUGCUGUGUAUUACCACUGAAUCUGCGGCACAGCGGGCAGUUCCGGUUGAUGGACCGGUAGAAUGGGUGUACUCACAUAUUAGACCAAAAUGGAAUCCUCAUUUUUGCGCCUUGGAUGGUGGCCAAUAGCUAAUAUAAUAUGUGUAGCGGAUUCAUGCGUAUCCCGCCUGGAAGCCAUAGAGUCUCUCAAUUCUCGUGCCGAUGGGAUCAUGUCUCAGCUGACAGCCAUUGAAGAUAACCUUUCGUACUACUGGACUGAGGCCACUGCACAACUGAAGAAAAUCCAGAGUCAGAUGCUGAGUAUUGGCGAAUCUGGGAUCAUGGAUCUCAUAAAUAUGGCAGUUGGGAUGGGCAUGAGCAUGGCGGGAAUGGGCGCAUUUAGCGGAGUUGCCAGACAACUCAUUUCCUACAUAUUUGCGCUAGCCACACAGGCAGCAGAGCAAGGCUUACUCAAUGGCAUCCCUAGAUAUAACAUGUCCAGUAUGUCACAAUGGCAAACCAUGGCACAGGGCUUUAUCCAGAGUGAGAAUGCCGCCGACGUGGCAAUAGCUAAUAUUUCGUUUGUUGGUGGUGAAGCGCAGAAACUUGUGAACCUGUCGUUUGAAAUCGUGCUAAAGAACCCACUGCUCUCGACCAUCGUUGGUGUCGGCAUAUUGGCUAUCUCGGACUAUUCCGGAUGGCAGAGCCAGAUAAGCUCGAGGAAUAGCGUGCUUUCCAAUAGUGCCAGCAGCUUAUACAUAAUGGCCUCGAAUGAGCUGCCAAAUAUAGACCAGGUGGGCAGCUGGCUGCGCUUGCCCGACCAGAUACUCGCCAUUCUCCAGCUGUUUCCGAUUCUGUUCAGUGCAGAGAUGAAUCUGUUUACAUUGAUUUCAUCCGGUGCAAGCUCUUUUUUCAGUUCUAUUCAGGCCAGCGGCAUACUGAGACAUGAUGAACUGCUGCAUUACAAUGACGACCAAUACUUACCCACUCCAACACCACUGGACUGGCAGGCUGGUGAAUCUUUGGGAGUCCCCGUUGCCAACGCUGUUCAUAUAACCCUGUGCCUGCGGUCUUAAUUCGCAGCAUGCAGCCCCGCCUCCUUUCUAGAAUCCCCAUUUCACGUUGCGGUUUUAAUAAAG